AUGGGCGACUCACAAGAGAAGUACGACAUUGUCAUUGUGGGUGCCGGCCCUGUUGGACUCCUCCUAUCUCUCUGCAUGUCGAGAUGGGGGUACAGGGUCAAGCAUAUUGACAACCGCCCAGUCCCUACUGCCACCGGCCGUGCCGAUGGUAUCCAGCCACGUUCGACUGAAAUCCUUCGCAACCUCGGCUUGAAGCGCCAGAUCAUGGCAUACGAACCUGCCAAAGUUUACAACGUUGCCUUUUGGGAUCCUCUUCCAGAUGGGAAGGGUAUUCACCGGACUGGAAGCUGGCCCAGCUGCCCUCAAUUCAUUGACACGAGAUACCCCUUUACUACUCUAGUUCACCAAGGCAAAAUCGAACGGGUUUUCUUGGACGAGAUUCGAAAAGCCGGAACCACUGUUGAGAGACCAUGGACAAUUGUCGGAUUUAAUAACGAUGGUCUAGAUGAGACCUAUCCCGUCGAAGUGAAGCUCAAGAACCUUGACACAAAUGUCAUUUCAACCAUGCGUACGAAAUACCUAUUCAGUGGCGAGGGUGCUAGGAGCUUCGUGAGAGAACAACUUGGAAUCAAGAUCCGUCACAAGGAUCCCAUUGCUUAUGUAUGGGGUGUUAUGGACGGUGUCGUGAGAACGGAUUUCCCUGAUAUCAAGACAAAAUGUACCAUCCACUCGGACAAUGGUUCGAUCAUGGUAAUUCCGCGUGAGGAUAACAUGGUCCGACUCUAUGUUCAGAUUGCCUCGUCGACAGACCCUGAUUGGAACCCAAGAAAAACAGCCACAGUGGAGGAGGUACAGAAUGCUGCAAAGAAAAUCCUCCAGCCAUAUUAUCUAGAAUGGGAGCGGGUAGAGUGGUAUUCUGUUUACCCAAUCGGACAGGGCAUUUCUGAAAGAUAUACCUUGGAUGAACGGGUCUUUAUGGGUGGUGAUGCCUGCCAUACGCACAGUCCCAAAGCUGGUCAGGGAAUGAAUACUGCUUUCCACGACGCACUGAACAUGGCCUGGAAGAUCCACGCCGUUGAAUCCGGCUUUGCCAAACGGUCCAUCCUGAGCACAUAUGAAAGCGAACGUAAAGACGUCGCAGAGACCUUGCUGAACUUUGAUGCGAAAUACGCUGCUCUGUUCUCCAAACGUCGGCCGUCUGCGGGCGAGGUAGGGUCUGCUAGUCAUACUAUUGCGGCUGCUGGCGGGGAGGAGGAUGAGUUUGUGAAGACUUUCAAAUCCUCCUGCGAGUUUACCAGUGGCUACGGCGUUGCCUACAAGCCCAAUGUAUUUAACUGGGAUUCUAGCCAUCCUGCGAACUCUCCCUUAAUCGGCAUCCCAGGAGUCAGACUCACACCAGGAAGAGCCUUCACACCCACUGCUGUUACAAGACUUGCAGACUUCAACAAAGUACAGCUCGAACAAGAAGUCCCGGUAAAUGGGUCGUUCCGGAUUUUCAUCUUUGCUGGAAACCAGUCAAAGACAAAGAGAUCAAUUAACGAUUUGGCUGCCAAUCUUGAGAAAGAGCGAUCAUUCCUUUCUGUAUAUCGGAGGCCCGACACAGCGGAAUUAUCUUUCUUCGAACACCACAACCCACACUCCAAGCUUGUCACAAUCUGCCUAGUCUAUGCCGCUGACAAGACUGGUGUUGACGUCCAGGCAAUCCCGAGGAUCCUGAGGGACUAUCACCAUCACAUAUAUGCAGAUGACGUCCCUGAUAUCAGGGUGCCAACCGCCAAAUUUGCAGCACACGAGAAGCUCGGUUUCGACCCUGAGAACGGAGGUGUCGUUGUAACCCGGCCUGACAGCCAUGUCGCAUGUGUUGUCCGGCUGGCUGAGGGCAGUGGGACGGUGGAUGCGCUGAACUCGUAUUUCAACGCUUUCUCAACAAAGCCAUUGGGACAAGAUGAGGGAAGAAGUCGUCUCUGAGCAUUGCUCUAAGCAGUUUUUGUAAUUUAGCAUAGUACCAUAGCCAUUGUUUAUAUCAGCUGCACUGACGUACGUUUACAUAUUAUAUCCAAAG